UGGUGUUGCCUAAACUGCAAGAAGCCAUUACUGCUGUUUAAGCAGACACUUCAGACAUACUACAGUGGUUAUAAAUGUGUGUAUGAAAAAAUACUCAUCUCAUGCAAACUUUAAGGAAGAAAACCAGUCCCUGUAAAUAUAAGAAUGAGCCCUCAAGAUUCUUGGGAGAAGGGGUGAGCUUCAAGGCUAAAUUGAUUGGAAUUUUGGAGGUCAACGAAGCUCGUGGUGACCGAAUGUGUCAAGAGGCUUUGGCAGAUCUCAAAAUGGCAAUCAGAGCUGCUGGAGAACACAAGCAAAGGAUCAACAUAAAUAUUGCCAUAGAUGGUUUGCGUCUCAGGGAUGAAAAGACAGGGGAUUGCUUGUACCAUCAUCCUGUUCACAAAAUAUCAUUUAUUGCACAAGAUAUGUCCGAUUCAAGGGCAUUUGGUUAUAUUUUCGGCUCACCGGAUACUGGACAUAGAUUUUUUGGAAUAAAGACUGAUAAAGCAGCGAGUCAGGUUGUAAUUGCAAUGCGAGAUUUGUUUCAAGUUGUAUUUGAACUGAAAAAGAAAGAGAUCGAGUUAGCCAAGCAGCAUAUUGAGCAACACCAAAUAAAGUUGGGAGGUGGGCUGUUUUCAGAAGGCUCAUCAGGCACAAAGAAUGGAGCAAGCAGCUUGGAGACAGGAGCAAGUAAGAUGAGAACUAUUCAGGAAGACUCAGCAGUGAAAGAGAAUGGAACAGCUGCUUCAUCUAAAUCGGCUCAACAAACGUCCGAGGUUAUAGCAGAUCUUCUAGACCUGGAAUUUGAACUGAACAGCAUACAGCAGGGAAUUCAUCAAAUGGAAAGAAUAACGCCAUCUGAUCCAUUUGGACCUUCGUCUAUCAGAGAAGACCCUUUUGGAAGUGAUCCAUUUGGGGAUUCAUUUGCCCCUGCAACGACAGCGGCACCAACUCCAAAGUCAAGCAAGCAGCCUAUAGCUAUUUUGCCACCACCUCCGUCAGCAAAGGAGCCUGUUCGUUCCCUAGCAGACCCAUUCAACGUACCAGCAACAUCUCGUGGUACCAGCAGGCGGUCGACCAAUCGAGCAGCUACGAGUGAACAACUCCCCGCUCCUGCCCCAAGUACUGUGAAGCCAGUGCAAACUCAGGCGCCUACUGCACAGCCGGAGAAGCACUGGUUUGACCAAGAGACUGAGUCCCUUUUUGAUGAAGGUGAAUUGGUGACGCCACCAUUAACAUCCUCUGUAAAUACUGUGACCUUGCCACCAGUACAGCCACUUUCUGAGCAAGAUGAUAAGGAGUCCAGGAGGAGUCCUUCAGCGCAGAAAGCUGAGAAACCGUUUGAUGUUUUCACUGAACUGGACCCACUUGGUACAGGGCGCAGUAAGCCGUAUGUGGACAGAAAAGACUUUUUCCAGGAACUGAAGAAUCCACCAAAGAAAGUUCUUAAGGACUUAGUCACAGAAAUUCCUUCCGAAGCUACAGCCCCAUUAUUCCAGGCGACGUUUGAGAAAGGAAGUAAUGCACUGACGCCAGGAGAUGGUGAUUUGCCUUGCUCCACAAGUACUGUGCUGUCGAGUGGCGACAAAACGACUGUCACAUUUAGUCCACUGACUACCUCAGCUCUAACCACAAUGUCAGCCAAAAAGCCGUUGGUGUUAGAUGUUGACCCAUUCGAAGACACUGAUCCAUUUGAUAAGACUGAUCCCUUUGCUGAAGACGAUUUUCCUCAAAAUAAUUCGUUCCCAUCGUUAGGCAGCAGUAGUGACCCUUUUGAUACCGGUUUCGCUGAUUUUACCAUGUUCGCAAAACCAAAGAAGAAUGAAGUUUUUGCUGGCAUUGCAGCACCUGUGCCAGCACAGGACGAUGUGAAACCGUCUACGCUUAUGUCCUCGACUGAAAGCACCACCCCUCAGACUUUCCACGGACCACUGAGAGUUUCAUUGCCUCCCGAGAAAACAGAUGUAGACACAGUUCUUUCAACACAGUCUGUGACACUACCAUCGUCAUCUACAGCGCCUCCAUCCGUACUGGAAAGUCCUGUAGAUACACUUAGCAAAUCAAAGAGUAAAACUUCACGGCUCAGUAAACAAACCACAUUGUCUACAAUGGUGAAACUACCAAGCCCGAAGUCAACGCCACGAUCCUCGUCACGCCUUGUAAAGCAGAUCACUGUGGACUCGUGCACAACCAGUAGCACAACACAAUCAGUGCGUCUGAGUCCUACGCCUCCGAUGCCUCCGACACCAUCAAAAUCGGACAGGAAAUCACCAGUAAGCCAGGGCAUCUUGGAAGGUGUUACGCUACGCAAUCGGUGUGCCGUGACCCCUUCUCCUCCAGUGGUCGCCAGUUUCCCAGAUUCUGGAGACGGUGACAGUACCUCGAGACUGUCGGGAUCCAGUGCUGAGCUAGCAGAGAUAGCCCCUGAACCGCCACCGAGGCCUGCAGCUAGCAUUGCGGCCAUCAAACCACCUCCACUUCCUCCAAAGCGGCAGCAGAUUAGCUGUAUGAUGAAACCACCUCCUAGACCUCCACACGCUGAUGAACCACCUCACUAUGACUAUAUAGAAAAUUACGAAACGUCGACAUCACCCACUCCUCAUGAAAUCGACGUGUUACAAAGUCCACCUCUGCCAGUUCCAGCAAGAAGGCCAAAAUUUCCGGAAGUUGACUUUGUGCCUCAGAGACCAAGGAGGCAACAACCUCCCCAACCUCUCACAGCAAAAUCUUCUAUAGGCAGUGACGACUACUUAACACCUACACCUUUUCCGUUACUACCUCCACCUCAGAAGAAAAGUCCUAGCACAGACAGCGGCAAGUUCCAUCACCUCCCCAAGGCUCGUUCGCCAGUUAUGACGACAAUUGAUUCCAUCCUUAUGUCAACCUCGAGUGCAACAACCACAUCAGCGAGUGAUGACCGAAAGAAAAAGCCGAGUACUUCACUAAAUAUUACUUUAAGUCAGCUCACAAAAACGGGAUUGCAAGAUUUAGCAGCAGCGUUAGGUGUUUCUCCCGGCCAUUUAUCCAACAUGACACUCCAGGAACUUACUAACUGCCUCUCCAAGCUUUCGACAGAAGCUCAAGGCCCCGAAAAUGGCGGCGAGGAAACAAAGACAGAGACAGAUGCGAUUAAGAGAGACAAAUAUGCCACACUGAGAGAGUCGGUGGACGAUGAACCAGAGUUUAAGGCAGACUUUGAAACUAAUUUUGAACCAACAGACUCAUCGGACAAACUAGAGGAUGUUUUUCAGGAGGCACCAUUUGAUAAAUAUGCUGUAUUCCGAGAAUUGAUUGAAGAAGCUAAAGAUGAUAGGCGGACUAAAGGAAGCACAGAUUCUGUAGAUGCCGAACCCAAACAACGAGUAGUAGUCUCCGAAAGUUCCGCAGAAGAGAUGAAGGCAAGAAAGGAGGCCGAGGAUAAAUAUGCUGCACUUAGGGACAUUUCUCUAGAUGAAGGUGCUGGUGAAAAGGAGGAUGGCGACACGUCAAGUGAGAAAGACGACAGUAUUGCAGAAGGUAUCAAACCAGAGGAAGAGGAUGAUUUGUUAACGUUAUCAAGACAGCAGAGUGAAAGCACUGAAUCGCCCACUGUUGAAGCGGUGACGCUUCGUGAACCUCAGUCGAUCAUUGAAACAACUAUAUUAGAGGAAGACGCAACUGCUUUAGAAGAUGAUGCUGGAGCUGGUGCUGAAGAAAUAAAGCACACAUCACCACUUUCCGCAGAAAUAAGCCCUGUCACAAAGAAUGCUGACGAACAAGAGGCAGUAGAAUCAGCAGAUGGUAAUAAUGGAUCGUCAGUAUCUGAAAAAGAAGACGCCACCAACGAUAUUGGUUCUCCCGAUAAGGAUGAUGACAGAGCUGAAGGUGUGUCCAGUGCUGAGGGUUGGGCAAAAUUUGACUCAAUUGUACCAGAAAAGACUUCACCUGAUACGCAGAGAGAGGAAGUAUCUUCACCAUGGUCAUCUGAUGGGAAAGAAACAGGGAGAAUGCCUCCAGCUGGUUACCAGGAUCAUUUGGAAAGAGAACAAGAAAUGGAAAGAAGAAGAAGAAUGAGAGCACGAGGUCAGUGGCGUGAUGAUGAUGAAGAAGAAGAAGAAGGCUGGGAAGACAGGAGGGCAGAUGGUAUGCCAUGGCAAGAAAGGCCUUGGAGAGAAAAUGGUUGGAGUGAUGGAGAGCCAUAUUAUGAUGAUGGUAUUCACCGUAAAGAAAGAAUGUACCAUGAAGAAAGGACAGCAAGAAGAAGACGACCUGCUCCAUGGAAAAGUGGUCAGAGAAGUUCAAGGGAUCCAUCCCCUUGGGAACAGGAUGAUAAAGACAAUGAAGACCACGGAUGGGUUACUGUGAAUAAGAGGUGGCGUGACAGAUCUGUUGAUGAAGAUGAAGAAGAGGAAGAAGAAGAAUAUGAAAUAUCUAGAAAACCUCGAUCCAAACAGUAUGCUGCACCAAGAGACGAUGAGCGGUGGAGGAGAUACGAACACAGAGAAAUGAAUGGGUUGGAGUAUGAAGAAGGCAGGAAAAGACGUCCAUCUCCUUGGAGAGGAGAAGGUGAAAGUCGAAGCAGUUGGGAAUCAGUGUCAUGGGAUGAAGAAGAACGAUUUUCACAACGCGAAUAUUGUGAUAGACGAAGUAAAGCAGAACGUGAAGAAGCAUACUGGCGCAGAAGAGAACUUGAACAUGAUGGAAGACCAUAUCCUUGGAGCAGGAAGUGUGUUCCCCCUGACGAAGAUUACAUGCGACCAGAGCAAACCCUUAGGUGGAAAGGUGAAAGAUAUCAUAGAUAUUCGAGGGAUCGUUCUCGGGAACUACCGUGGGAGGAUGAUUACAGUGAACAAGGGGAUGAAGAAUCACCCAGGUACUUGGGAAGGAAACAGAAUUGGCCAAAACGUCCUAGCAGUGCAACAGAAUCACGCUGGACUCCAGAAAAAGGACCAGCCAGCGAUUAUGUGCCAAGAAUUGGAGAAAAACAACAGCAUUCUCUUCCAAGUGCAGCACGCUCAGAUAGGCCAGACAGUAUUGAGAAAAUGGGAAGCUACACUAUGGCUGAACGAAGAUAUCGUGAAAAAGUAGGCAGGCGACCGAGGAGUCGGGAAGGAUAUUUUAAUUCUGAUCAGGAAUAUGAUUACUGGCCACAGCAAGAAAGGCCCCGCAGGCAAGACAAAGAAAUAGGUUACGAUCAGAGAUCACAGACACUCCAUACAAGGAGACCUCAGCGAUACAAAAAAAGCAUUGAAUAUAGCUACAGUCAGAAGUCACCAUUCGAUGAUGAUUUCACAAUGCAACCAUUUGAAGUAGGUAUAGAUAUUAACAAAAGCCAAGGUGCAGAAUCAGAUGCAUCAGAUUCUGCAAAACAAAGAUCUCCUGCACUCUCAAGUCACAGUCUCCCUGUAACAGCUGGUUCUUCUGUUGAAACUUUCGCGAAGGGUAAGGAAAGCCAUACUAGUGAUCCUAAUUCCCGGCCAAAGGAAAUAGGCCUGAGUAGUCCUCCAGAACCCUAUCAGUCUUCACUUGGUGAAGACACAAAUAGAGUUAGAACUCCAAGGAGCUCAACUCACAGAAAAUCUCCAUUUGAAGAUGACUUUACUCCUACUGAAAUACGGGGCAUCAGGCUUGCAUCAAGUGUAUCAAGUGAUAUAAGUGACCACAGGAAGUCACCUUAUGAGGACACCAAACCGUGUAGUAGAGGCCCAAGUGUGGUAGAUGAACCUGCUUGUGCUAGUGUUCUCGACCAGAAAAAUGGUAAACUAAGUGAUGAUGUUUUUCUUCCUGCAGGCACCUCAGAAACAGGAAAAACGCACAGUGAACAUGCUUUUGCUGAUUUUGAAAGCAUGCCCUUUGGUGACAGUGAAUUCAUCCCUUCACCAAAAACUCUUUCUGAAAGCAAAUAUAGUGAUAAGAAAGCACCUGGAACAGUGUGGAGUGGUGAAGACUCUAAUAAACAUGAUAAAUUUCAUCCAGGAAUGAAACUUCGUAUGUCAAACCUUAUGAGAGCAGAUUCAUCAACAAGUUUGAAAAAGUCAGAAUCAAUAAAUAUUUUUGUACGUGAAAGUGAUCCAUUUGAUGACGACUUCUUCUGCAGUGAUACAGCUUCGACAAUACCCCGUCCACGUUCUGAGAACACUGGUCGGGCAGAAGAUAAAUCUGGUGCUAGUAAUCAGACUGAAGUCUUCAACUGGACUCAAGCCUUUGACUCCUUCAACUUUGAAGAAGAGAAGUGAGCCCUUCAAGAAUAGUACCAGUGAACUGAUGAAAGAGAUAAUGCAGUGACAGUGAAAACUGAAUUGCAGUUGUGAUGCCAACUUACAUGAAAUUCACGUUUUAGAUCAUGUAGGUUAAUUUUGUUGGUGAUGAAAUUCACCCAUUCCAUGUAAUUACUUAAUACCCACUGCUUAUUACUGACAGAACUGCAGUGUGUACCAUUAUAAAGGAGCCGUGAUUGUUUCAGUAUUAUGUUAUCAUUGUCCACAGAUCUCAAAAUUUCAUUAUAUUGCAAUAAUUUCCUUGCUCAAAGAGAGUGCAAUUUAGUUGCCUUCUGCUCACAGACUCACUAAAUAUCACUAAUUUUGAAUGUUACCAUCAAUAAACAAUGACAACCUGUUUUAAUUUAAUUUGGAAAUUUUGUCAUUUGCAUUCCAUCAGAAGUGAGUAACCAUCAACCAUCACAUAAUAUUUUACUGUUCUGUGUUGAAUAAGAAAACCUUAAAUAGGUUAAUAUAUUGCUAUUGUUGUAUGCACUAGAACAAUUACUUGUUACUUUUACAGAAAUCCUUGGUGGUUUUACAAAUACCUGUUUGGAUUCAGAAACUGGAGAUUUUUUUACUGUCAUAUCAUUACUAGUAUGUAAUAACUUGACACUAAGCCAUAAACUGUUACUUCUGAACCCAUAUCAGCAAUCUGAGGAUCAUAUUGCCUUUAUUGUGAAACUAGAUAUUGUGGUCUUCCUGUUGUGUCAGUGUUUUUGCACACUGUAACCUUCUCUGGAUUAAUUGGACACUCUGUAAGGACAAGUGUCUGUUGCAUAGGAUAGGAUUUUGAAAAAGACCUCAAAUGAAAGUUCCAAAACAAAGGAAAAUAAUAGUUUGAAAGCUCUGGAGACCAUCAACAACUAAUACAAAAAUCUGUGCCCUUCUAUUAUGAGAAAUGUUUACUAGAUCUGCACUGAACUAUUUCUAGAAUUAUAAAUAGUUGGUUCACUACAAGUGAGCCUAUAUAUGUCUUCACUGGUAAGUAUGAAAAACUUAUUUAAGAACAAUAAUAAUAGUCAGAUUAAUUGGCAUAUUGAUUCCAAGAUGCUGCAAGUGUAUGGACGAACAAUAAACAACACAAAAACUUUUAUGUCUGUAGUUUGAAAGUUUUUUUUGACAUUAAAAAAUUAUGGGAACAAGUUAAUUAUUUAUGUAAGUGCAGUUCGUCUUUGUCUAAGCACUCUAAUUUUGGAGAUUGUUGUAGCUUAUAUCCCAUGAUCGCUGCAGUGCUACUUCUUUGCAUCUACACACUGUGAUUUAAUUAGGUUGUUAUUUACAGUAUUUGCCUCAAUUUUAGUGGACUAAUGUCAAGUGACAAACAGUGUCAUCAGCCCUUUAAUUAAAUUUAAUGAAUUAUGAUUUUAUAUUACUUCUGUAACAUGCAACUCACAUUUCACAGUUCCUGUAACUGUUUCAAAAUGAAAUACUAACAUAUCCAAAUUCAGUGAGAAUAAUUAUCACAUAACUAGACAAUUUAUGUGCAUAGCAUAAGUACAGUUAAAACACACAGAAGUAUUUCAAAAGGCACUCCUGUUUUGUGUGGAUACCCACAUCUUUGUUAGAAUUAGGUGUUAUUUGAUAGUCCUUGUUUCCCUCCAGUGUUCCAAUAGUAUCUUAUAAUAGCAUUCUUAACACACAGUGUGAAUGUUCGAGGAGUGCAUGUUUCAUAUCUGUUCUGAGUCUUGCUAAGUGGGCAGUUGUAAAAAAUUCCUAAUGUUUUUCUUAUAAGGUAGAUUCUUUUCAAAAACUGGGUUUGAAUAGGAAACUAUGCUACUGCAGUAUAAAAUUCUUGGUAGAAACUGCAUGUUAAAGCAUACCAGAUGAUCAAAAUGAAAAAAAAAGAAUGGGUUAGAAUUGCAGAAUGCACAUACUUUGACAUACAGUAUUCCUCUGUGACUUAAUAAAAGAACACCAAUUGCUAUUUUAUGAGACUACAGUGAAGUGUUACAAAAUUUUCAUAUAAUCAUUAUAUUUUUAAAAAUAAGAAAAUUUUGAUUUACCUCACAUUUAUGAUAUUUCAAUUUGUUGACUCCUAACCAGUAUUAACUUUCAGCCAGUUUUUGCUAUAGCUUUAUUGUUGUUCCAGAGCAUGCAGAAAUAUUGUAUAGCUGUUUCAUGUGCAAAGUCAGUUUCUAGAAAUUGUGUGGCAGUGCAAAACAAAAUUCUGUGAAUGUCGCACUGUUAUUUCAUUACAUAUUAUUGCUUUUAAAUACUGCAUGAGACAGUGUAACUGUGUGUGUUAUAGAUACACUUAGAUAUAUCCAGUGUAAUGAUAAAUACAGUAGACUUCUUUGUUAAGUAUAGACCUUCUUAUUAGAGUCACACAGCUAAGGAAAUGCUUAUAGUGUUUAUGAAACUGGUCUGACUCAAUGCCAUAAGUGUAUGUGAUGUUUCCCAUAAAAAAAAGAGUCCCCUAAGGGAUUACAUGCUUCUGUGUAUAUCACAUUUCCUGCUAUAAACUCAAUGAGAACAGAAGAGUGCUGGUGGAAAUGAACUUUUAUCCUGAAUUAUUGUGAUGUUUUGUGUCUGUCAGUAACUUUUUAUUUUAGUAAGUUGUUUCUCAGUGUUAAACUAGUUCACCUUGCACUUCGUUAAUUGAUAUUUAUUUGUGCAACAGGCAUAAAAAGUAAAAUUUUCUGCAGCAUUAGGAAACGUAUUUCAAGACAGUGCUAGCCUACAAGGUCAUUGAUAUUAAAAAGUUACUCCUCUUCAUAGCUCUGUUGAGACUGAAAAUAUAUUAUACUGGAAUUCAUUUUUUCUCAUUGUUACAAUCAGCUAGAGUCUCUUACAUAAAGAAAGGGUGCACUGACUAGUAUUUUUUAAUGUAAAGAAAGGCCAAGUUCAAGAACAAAUUUUAGCUUCGUAAACAGAGAAUGAGACUUCUUAAUAUGCAUGAAUACUAAAGUCAUGAAUGCUUAAGUGAAAUUGCUGUUAAUGUCAGAGCUUCAUGAUAUUUUGGAAAUUGCAGUAAGCAGUGUAAAACAAUAACAAGUGUAAUAUACAUCAGAUGUAUAAAAAAUUUUAGAUGUUAUGGUUUUUUAUAACUCAUAACUGUAUAAACUAUUACAAACUUUUUACACUUGCAUUUAAAUAUGGAACGUCCAUCAUAAUUCAAUUACUUCUAUAACUAUAUUCAGUCAUAAUUUGGUAAAUACACCAGCUUAAGUUAAUAUAUUUAAUGGAAGAACUUCCAGGUCAUGCGCAUUUUAACUCUUGGAUAUUGCUCCAAGGGGUGACAACUCCCAUUUAGUGAUAAAUAGGAUGAGAUGUUUUGAAAUGUACUGAGAGAAAGAUGAAGCACUGGAGAGUUGGUUUACUUCAGAGAUGCAAAUGCUUUCAGUUAACAGAAUUUGUUUUGGAAAUCUAAAUUUUACAAACAAAACACUUUUGUUUACAACUCUUGUUCUCAUUAAGUUACAGGCACUGAUGAAUUAAAGAAUAAUAAAAUGGAUCGUUGAAAACAUUGGUGAAGCAUGAUCAGUUCCCUUCAGUCAGUACUACACACCAUGAGAAAAAUUACUUUAUUCUGAUACAGUGCUAUUUUUCUGACAGAAUCUCUCACAUGAAGCUCCAUGAUUGCUGAACUAUAUUCAUCCACAUGUAUCAGUUUGCAAUAAAAACAUGAGGUAUUUCCACUGUACAGGUGACGUGAAAAAUGUGUACAUAUAUAUUUGUGUAUUAAAUAAGCUGACUAAACCAAAGAAAUGAGCAACCAUGUUAAAGACAUUACAUUUUGUACAUAACUGUAAAAAUGUAAAAAAAAAAUGUAAUAAAUACUUUUGUAUAGGAUAAAUAUAUUUGAGAUAAAACGUAAGAAGUGUAAGUUUCAUAAUUUAUGUUUUAAAAUUUGACUCACUUGUUGCUUGUAAUACUUUAUAAUGAAUGUAAAUUUCAUGUUAGACAGUGAACUCAAUUUUGCCCCAUAUUUUCAGAUGUACGUUUAUGAAUUUUUAAGAUCAAAUGCAGGAAAUUCAAUUGGUACGAAUGUUCAACUGUAAUCCAUAUCAACUGUUAUUAUUAUGAACAUGGAAUUAAAAGAUUUAAAUCUCAGUUGGUUCAGUGGGAUUAACAAAACUAUUAAUAAAAUUUGUGAAAUUUAUUCGGCUUGAAUGUUGAUUAUUUAUUUGUAGCACUGUUCAAACAGAGAUUGAAAAGAACAAAAUAACAAUGUAUAAUGAACUGUGUCAUUGUACUCUUUGUACGAUGUUCAUAUUGAAUAUCGUUAGUUGUUUAAUUGUGGACUGUUAAGAAUGAAGAAAUAAGUGAAUGGGUUGCUCUCAUUUGA